GAAGUGUUUUAGCAGACCGUGCUCUUUAAAACAAGUCUUUCCUCUCCAUGCUUCCUCAGUGAGUGCUAUAGUAUUGUCUCCUAAUUAAUCUAACCAAAAAGGAUUUAAUCGUUAUAAUUUUACAGCAAAGAACGCCAGAAAUGACUAAAGAAGAUAUCAAAGGGUCUGCAGAGGAACCCCUAGCACAAUCAAAGAAGGCCCUCAAGAAACAGCAGAAGGAAGCUGAGAAAGCUGCUAAGAAAGCGGACAAGCAGGCGAAGCUGGCAGCAGAGCAGCAAACCACUGAUGAGGAGGACUUUGCGAAGGAUCGGUAUGGACUUUCUCCCAUGCUCCAGUCACAGCAGAAACUGGAUCGAGUGCUGGUGCGUGUACAGGAUCUCACACCCAAGAAGGCUGACCAGCUGGUGUGGGUGCGAGCCAGAAUUCACACCAGCAGAGCCAAAGGAAAGCAGUGUUUCUUGGUUCUGCGUCAGCAGCAGUUCAACGUGCAGGCCCUGGUGGCGGUGGGAGACUGUACAAGCAAGCAGAUGGUAAAGUUCGCUGCCAACAUCAGUAAGGAGAGCAUUGUGGAUGUGGAGGGAGUUGUAAGGAAUGUGGAUCAGAAGAUUGAGAGUUGCUCCCAGCAGGAUGUUGAGCUGCACCUACAGAGAAUCUUUGUGAUCAGCCAAGCUGAGCCGCGCCUCCCCCUUCAGCUGGAGGACGCAGUGCGCCCCGAGGUCGAGGGCGAUGAGGAAGGAAGAGCCACUGUCAAUCAAGACACCAGGUUGGACAAUAGGGUUAUAGAUCUCAGGACUACGACCAGCCAGGCCAUCUUCCGCCUGCAGUCCGGCGUCUGCCAGCUCUUCCGGGACACACUCAUCAACAAGGGCUUUGUGGAAAUUCAGACUCCCAAAAUUAUAUCUGCUGCCAGUGAAGGAGGGGCCAAUGUUUUCACCGUUUCCUACUUUAAGACUAGUGCUUACCUGGCUCAGUCACCACAGCUGUACAAGCAGAUGUGCAUCUGUGCUGACUUUGAUCAAGUGUUCUGUAUUGGUCCUGUGUUCCGAGCAGAGGACUCCAACACCCACCGCCAUCUGACUGAGUUCGUAGGCUUGGAUAUCGAAAUGGCUUUUAACUACCACUAUCACGAGGUGGUGGACCAGAUCACAGACACCUUGGUUCAGAUUUUUAAGGGACUGAGAGACAGGUUCCAGACGGAGAUCCAGACGGUGAAUAAACAGUACCCCAGCGAGCCCUUCAAGUUCCUGGAGCCCACCCUGCGGCUGGAGUACAAGGAGGCGGUGGCCAUGCUGAAGGAAGCAGGGGUGGAGAUGGGGGACGAGGAGGAUCUCAGCACACCAAAUGAAAAGCUUCUUGGUCGUCUUGUGAAAGAAAAGUAUGACACUGACUUCUAUGUGCUGGACAAGUACCCGCUGGCUGUCAGGCCCUUCUACACCAUGCCAGACCCCAACAACCCUAAAUACUCAAACUCCUAUGACAUGUUCAUGAGGGGAGAAGAAAUUCUGUCCGGAGCUCAGAGAAUCCACGAUCCUCAGCUGCUCAGCGAGAGAGCCCUGCAUCACAAUAUUGACCUUGAAAAAAUCAAAGCGUACAUCGAUUCCUUCCGCUACGGCGCUCCUCCUCACGCAGGCGGUGGCAUAGGCCUGGAGCGAGUCACCAUGUUGUACCUGGGGCUCCACAAUGUCCGCCAGACCUCCAUGUUCCCCCGCGACCCCAAGCGCCUGACCCCCUGAGGAAGAAACAUGGCUGGACUCUCCACUCCCAUCGUCUGCUGUCAGACCUGUCAGACUGUUCUACACACAAGCUGUGUACAAACCAGUGCCACUGAUUCAAUAAAUCAAGCCGUUUUUAAUCAUACUAAUUAGUAAUUAAAGUAUAUCUUAGGGGAUUUGAACUUUAACAAUGAAAUUCUACACCAGUUAACACUGACUUGAAACAACUCUAAAGCAUUUAUACAGCAGUUAUUUUUAUUAAUGUACUGUUCUAAACAUUUUUAUAGAUUUCACUCAAUUGCAGUAGUAAGGUCACACUUGUACGAUUCUUCAUUUAUGAUUGUGCACACUGGAAGGCUGUUUAAUUAUGGAAAUGGAGUAGCAGAUGAAGAGAUUUUCAAUUUUAACAGUAAAUGUAAUUACAAAUAUGAAUUAAAGCAAUAGAAAACUACA